CGAGCGACCUCUUUUACUUUUUUCCUCCCUCUCAUAUGGUCCUCCUGUGAUCCAUCUCUCUUCUGCCAUCCCAUCUCCUCCCCCCUCCGUCCCUCGCUCACGCCUUUACCGUGCUCUGCUGCUGUAGCUCUGUUGGCUGGCUCCCCAGUGCUUCUCCAUCUCUGCUCCGUCUACUUCCCCUCCUCCGUCCGUCACUCCACCUCGUCGUCCGCAUCCCAUCGCGCCCUCCUAUCCAUCGCCGUCCACGCCUGCCCCUUUUUCGUUCGGCCGAAAGCGAGACAUCACUCGAGAAUAGUAAUUGACGAGUUUGCCGUCCCUCGAUCCAUCCAUCCCAAGCUCUUCCGCCUCGUCUCCAUCCCGACCGGCUUCCAUUCCAUCGACAACCAGCAUGGCCACCCAGAGUCCCCUUCCCGGCCUCGACCGCUAUCUUGUUAUCCACGCCCACACAACCUGCGAUGAGCAUGGUGUAUACGUGACCAAGGACUCGGCAGAGGUCAUUGAGCUGGCUUGGAUUUUGCUGGACGCCAAAACCUGCGAAGAGAUCCACCGAGAAAGCGUGCUUGUAAAGCCUGUCAACACGCCAAUUACCGCUUUGUGCACGAGCUUGACCACUCUCACUUGGGACCAGGUCCGCAAUGCCGGGACCUUCCGUGACGCAAUCAACCGCUUCGAUGCGUUUGCUCAGGAACACUUGAUCCCAAAAAACUUCGACUUUGCGUUCGUCACGCUCGAUUCGUGGGAUUUGCGGGUGCAGCUGCCCCGUGAAGCCCGCGACAAGGCCGUUGUGCUUCCCCCCUACCUCCAGCAUUCACGCACCUUCGAUUUGCGGACAGAAUACCAACGCUGGCAGGCGCACCACCCCGAGUCGCUUCCCUUCGGCUCCAGUGCUUUGACCAACAUUUGUGCCGCUCUUGAGGUCGAGCCCGUUCAAUCCUCCGCACCCAUCAAGCACAACCUCCCUUUCCACCUACAAGCUCUAGCUCCCGCCUCUCCGAGACGGGCUAUGGAAGAGACCGUCACCCUCGCCCGCGUCCUCCGAGGUUUGAUCCGCAAAUCUACACCCACCCAAGACCACCCCGACGUGCUCACCAAGCCCAUGGAUGCCCGCGCUGACGUGCGUGCCUUCCUCUCCGAGCGAAGCAAAGUCUUGCACAUGAGCGGACUUCCCCACGACACCACCCAAUCCGAGUUGGAGAGCUGGUUCACCCAGUUUGGUGGCCGGCCCAUUGCCUUUUGGACCCUACGUACCCCUGACCAGCACAAGCCUACUGGCUCAGGCUUCGCCCUAUUCUCAUCCCACGAGGAGGCUGCCGAGAGUCUCUGUAUGAACGGCCGUGCCCUCAACGAGAAGGCCAUCGAGGUCUCACCCUCUUCUACCCGCGUCCUUGACCGCGCCGCCGAUAUUCUUACAUCAUUCCCCCCCAGCAAGAAUCGACCUCGCCCGGGCGACUGGAACUGCCCAUCAUGCGGCUUUUCCAACUUUCAACGUCGAACUGCAUGCUUCCGCUGCUCUUUCCCAGCUAUGCAGGGCCCACCGGCGGGUGACCCAAUGGCUUAUGGUGGUGGAUAUGGCUACGGACACCCUAACAUGAUGGGCCCUCCUCAACACCAGAUGGGACACGGCCACGGUCACAGCCACGGCCAUGGCAUGGGUCACGGUGGACAUGGUCACGGUCACAUGCGUGGAGGAAACGGAGCUGUUCCUUUCCGUGCUGGCGACUGGAAGUGCGGCGAAAAUGGAUGCGGCUACCACAACUUUGCCAAGAACGUACAGUGCCUCCGCUGUGGCGCGAGUCGUGCCGGAGCUGCAGUCGUCGCGGACUCUGCUUUCCCUUCUCCCAUGGACACUCCGUCUAGCUUCGGCAUGGGACCACCUUCCAUGGGCGCGAAUCCUGGCGCUGGGCCAUAUGGUGCUGGUGCUUUUGCUGGCGGCGGUUUCCCUGCGCAGCAGUUCGCCGGACCCCCGAGCUCUUAUGCUCUGCCGUCCGGUAUUGGCGGAGCCAGCCCUUAUGCUCCCAUGGGCGGUCAGUACGCACCCAACGGAGGCAUGCACGGCACUCCUUUUGACAGCCGCUCUGCCGAAGCGGCCUUCUCUUCCGCCGACCCCUACCCAACCCAGGGGGCUGUCAACGGAGGUGAUGGACGCAACGACCCCUUCUCAUUCCUGUCGACUGGCUUCGGUGGCCUCUCUGUCAACGACGACCGCCGCAGCAACUCGAACGCGGCCAACAAGUCGCCGGCGUAA